UGUGUUGUUGAAGCUGCCAGGGCAAGAAACGAGAAGAGAAUGAAGCACCUUGAGCAAAUAAAGACAACGGAGGCAAAGGACAGACGGAUAGCUUUGAAGGUUGCACGAGUUGUACAGCAGGAGGAUCGGAAGAAAUGGAACAAGAAAAGACCACUGCAGCACAACUAUGGAGGACAGGAUGGGGAAAGUGACAGCGGAGGUGACAGUGACAGUGACGAUGAAGGAGAUUCAGAGGUAGAUGGAAUGAAGGCCCAGGAAGAAGGAGCCAAGGUAAUCCUUGAGAAAGCAGCAAUGCCACGUAACAACAAAAAGGCAAUUGGUAGUAGUGUUAUUUCGAUAUCGAGAAAGUCUUGUGUUUGUGGCGGAACAGAUCACAUCAGACGCUCAAGUAAGAAAUGCCCCCAGAAUCCAAAGAGGCAGAAAGUGUAAGAGGAAAAACGAUGAAAUGAUGUAGGACAUUGUUUUUAUAUCCACUUGGAAGUGCCUGUGUAAUGUAAUCACUCAUCCAUGACAUUAUGUCUUUAUAUGCAUCAGGGUUGUGUACCUACAUGCUAGAACUGUACCUGUAAAAUGUUACAGACCUGUACCUGUACCUGAAUAAACUGAAACACUUGUGGGUAACACCUUUUGAAGGAAGAUUUAUAAGAUAGAGUCACAGAUGACAAUUUUUAGUGUCAUGUUUUUUAGAAGAAAACUUGAAAACCCUUUUUAGAUUAGAAUAUGCAAACUAAAUGUACGGAUAGAUAACCGACUGAACUUAUUUCUGUCCAAGUUCAGGUGGAACUGUGCCAAAAUCAUGUAAAUCCCUCAAAAUUGUUCAGAUGCAUUCUCAUGAAGCAAAUCAUGCUGAACCAAGUUGACAGUACUGUUUAACUUAUUGUCAGUCUCAUGUAAUAUCUGUGCAAUUAGACACAAUUUCGUAUGUACAUGUAUUGUAUAUGACUGUUAUGAGAUGGGAGUAUUAGCAGAUGCAAGGUGCUCAUGUUUGAGUACUAUCACAGAACAGUGUUGAAAAAAAACAACUUUGCUUUGUAGGCUUUGCAAGUGCAGCAAUGUGCUGUGUUCUGUUCCAUUGAUAACUUUGCAAUAUGUAUGUUUCACUUAGUUGUAGAUUCUAACAAUCUUUUUUGUACUACAUGUAUGUCAUAUCCAUUUUUUCAAUGCCCUUUUGUACAUAUGUUAUUAUGUAUGAUUGAUUGUUUUGAUUUAGCACUAUGUUAUAUCUAGGAACGUGUCUGUCCAUAUCGUAUCUAUUCCAUUGGACUUAUGUUUUUCAUUUUUAUGUAGAGCUUUCCCAUGAAGUAAAGUCAUAGGGAGCAGUUUGUGGAACAAGCUCAAAGUGACUGGCAUUGUAUCGUUAAUCGUUCUCAAAUUUCUCUAUCACCUAUUGUACAUGGUUGAGUACAUACUAUGAAAGAGGACAGAAUACACAAGUU